CUGUUGUACUGCGGUCUUUUCUAAUUUCAGGAUGUCUCAACGCUUUCACUGUGCCACUAUGAUUCAGUAUGAUAUUCUGCACGGAUGUGCAUGCUCUGUCCCAAUGGCUCCAGCAGUGGUCUCUGCAUCUUUGGCUCAGGCGGUAUCUUAGCACUGGAUUUGUGUUCCCAGCACUCCAGGGCAGAGAAGCCACCAUGUCGCUGAUGAGGGUCGUGACCAAAGGCCGCGUCCAGCUGGUGGCCUCAAGGCUUCCAGCCACCCGCAGCAGUGCCUUCAUGCCCUCAACGCCUGAAGAGUGGGAAGCCGCAGGCUAUGAGACCUCCAAGAAGAAUGGGGCACCAAAGAUCUACUCCAUGUGGAACAGGUGGUUCCCCUAUGAGCCUGUGCCCUUCUCUCCCAAGUUGGGCCCAUACAUUGAAUAUGUGGAAAAGGAUCACGUCUACUACUGGUGCUCCUGUGGCGAGUCAGUAUCACAACCAUGGUGCGACAAUGUGGGCUGCGAGGGGACGAAGUUCAAGCCGGUAGUUGUCAUUCCAGAGCACUCUCGCAAGCAAUGGUUCUGUGGAAGCAAGCACAGCCCUACAAGGCCUGAAUUCAACGGUACGUGCUGGUCAGUGUGGAUGGACGUGAAUACAAUCCCAGCAGCCGGUCUCCUCUUCGGAAUUUCAUUCGUCACCGGGAUCCUAUGCACCUGGAUUGCUCAUCCUUGAAACGAGAAUGCCAGAAAUAUGUCCACCUUGAAUAGAGCAAUAUGUUUUUGGAACAAGAAUUCCGGCAAAAAA